AUGACCAUUCGGGAUUUCCGUUUCAAACAUUUUACCAGAAAUUAUUUUGAGACUGCACAUGCUAAAGGACCUCAAGAUGCUGCAGGAGGACUGUUAAAAAGACAGGCAGAUCUGGCAGAUUUGCGUGGACAAGCCCAUAUACAAAAUGCCCGGGAUCUGUAUGAAUUUGCUGUUUCGAAUUUGACGCGGACAAAAUCUGUUUGCCGGAGAUGGCUUUUCCGUUUUCUUGAUUUCAUCCCAAGAGAAGGCAAUUUAAGUUUCAAACCAAUUUCAAACAUCAGAUCUGUCCAUCAAGUCAUCGUUGAUAACUCGUCUCCCCAUAUCAUUAUACGCGAACUGUCCUGCUUUUGUGAAAAAUGCAGUUUACAAAUAUAUCACGAAUGUGUAAAUGUUCAAAGAAUUGGGCAAGUUCAACACCAUGAAAUGGUCAAGGAUACAAACAACACAUUCGAUGUUGAAGAAGAUGACGAAGAGGUGCCCUUGUCCGAAAUGGUAUCCAAAGGACAGGUAAUUGCCGUAUAUGCGGAUGACCCAGACCAUGACUAUUUCUUGCUAAAAGUUCAGGAAGCAAUUCAAACAUUAAACAGCGAAAGCACUGACGCUUGGGGCUCAACUCUUCCAGCUGGUAUUAAGGUCAUCACAGGACUUUAUUACGACAAUAUUGAUAACAAGAAUCUUCUGUCAUACAAACUUAUACCCAGGAGAAGAGCCGUAGUGCCAGCCAGUGCAGUAGUUUAUAUCUGUUCAGAAAUAGAUGCUCGGGCCAAUAUUGUUUUGGACGAAUGUGUCCAUUUAAACAUAUUGCAUGCAAUAAACGACAUUAUCAUGUCUUAAAAAUGAAUUGUACAUGAUCGAAUACAUAAACUUCAAAGAUUGUAAAACCUAGUAAAUAGAAUAAUACACCAGAAUAUAAUUUUUCAUGAUUGUAUAAUUAUAUUAUCCAAAUACAUGUAUCUGUGCAUUUAGCUGUAUUGUCUGGGAUAAAAGUGCAAUAUCGAAUGUGGAAUGUUUUGAAUUCGCUGAUCAAAUUUAUAGUUUAUACCAUGCAGCUUGAAAUUUUCUAAAAGGAAAUCACAUUCCAAUCUGCCAA